AUAAUCACAAAUCAAACUCAAAUCUCACAUUCCAACAAAUCUCACAAAGAAGAAGAAGAAAAUGUCAGGAAGAGGAAAGGGAGGAAAGGGUUUGGGAAAGGGAGGAGCUAAGAGGCACAGGAAGGUCCUCAGGGAUAACAUCCAGGGAAUUACCAAGCCUGCCAUUCGUCGUCUUGCUCGUCGUGGUGGUGUUAAGAGGAUCAGUGGUUUGAUCUAUGAAGAGACUCGCGGUGUUCUCAAGAUCUUUCUAGAGAAUGUGAUUAGAGAUGCUGUUACCUACACUGAGCACGCUCGCCGUAAGACGGUUACCGCCAUGGAUGUUGUCUAUGCGCUUAAGAGGCAAGGCCGUACUCUAUAUGGUUUCGGUGGUUAUCGCCAACACAUACCAUCCGAUUACAAAUCCAUCCAACGAUUCUCAUUUAACGCGGAAAAAAUCCCCCCAAAACCAAAUUUCGAACCCACCCACCAUUAUAUAAACCCACUCCCACUCCCUCCAUUAUCACAAUCAAACUCAAAUCUCACAUUUCAACAAAUCUCACAAAGAAGAAAGAAAAUGUCAGGAAGAGGAAAGGGAGGAAAGGGUUUGGGAAAGGGAGGAGCCAAGAGGCACAGGAAGGUUCUCAGGGAUAAUAUCCAGGGUAUUACCAAGCCUGCUAUUCGUCGUCUUGCUCGUCGUGGUGGUGUUAAGAGGAUCAGUGGUUUGAUCUAUGAAGAAACUCGCGGUGUUCUCAAGAUCUUUCUAGAGAAUGUGAUUAGAGAUGCUGUUACCUACACUGAGCACGCUCGCCGUAAGACGGUUACCGCCAUGGAUGUUGUCUAUGCGCUCAAGAGGCAAGGCCGUACUCUAUAUGGUUUCGGUGGUUAGGGUUUGUAUCUUGAUUUGUGGUUAUUAGGUAGUAGGUUUAUGUUAAUUGUAAUUUGGCGUUUUUAGUUUCUCAUUUUGGAGGUUCUUUUGGAAUUUCUGCAUUGUAAUUGGAAAUCAGUGGUGGUUAUAUGAAAUGAAAUAUUAUCAAGCUUUUGAAUGUGA